GUGGCUGCUCUGAUGGAUUACAAAGUAUGGUUAUCCGGUAAAGACAUUUGCUUUUUCAUAUCGAAAGGAAAACGUCAGUGUAGCGCUCACUCAACUUGCAUUCACUGGGGGGGUGUGUACACAUAGUUGUUAUCUACAUUGGUUUGAAUGUUGCUCUCGCUAGCUUUGCCGUGUUCUUACCUACGAUUAUCCGUGACAUGGGUUUUAGUUCUCUCCAUGCUCAGCUUUUAUCCAUUCCACCUUAUGUCGUAGCGUGCAGCCUUGUAUUUCUUGUGUCAUGGAAUUCUGACCGAACCCUACAGCGUGGUUAUCCUAUCAUGGGGGUGUGUGGUAUUGGUAUGUUGGGUUAUAUCUUUUUGCUGGCAAAUGAUCAUGUUGGUUUGCGCUACACAGGGGCUGUUUUGGUGGCGUGCGGUGUUUACCCGAUCAUUCCGUUGACACUUUCUUGGGUUUCCAACAACCAGUUGGGCCAUACCAAACGCGGAGUGGCUAUUGCUAUGACAAGCAUGAUUGCGCAAUGCUUUAGUAUGUUGGGAACGCAAAUUUACCGUACUGAAGAUGCGCCACGUUAUAUCAAAGGCCAUGCCAUAUGCCUUGUGUUUUUAGGCAUAGCCGCUUGUUCAGCAGCCUUGUUGAGGUCUCUGUUAGCACGGGAGAAUAGGAAACGAGAUGAAGCGUAUGGCGUCGUGGAUGAGAGCGAUAUCAACUAUGGUGAAAUGAUGACGGGAGCUCACUUGGAUGGCCUUUAUGAUAAACAUCCUCAAUUCAGAUACGCUUUGUGAUAAAUUGCAUGUCAUACCAAGAGAUAGAUAUUCAUCUAUUAUUGAUUUUCUUUGUUUCCCACAUUUUCUACAGAACAUGAAAUGAAAUAGAUGACUACUGACUCACUUUAUGAACACUUUUAUUAAUUUAUCCAAU